AUGGCUGGCUCUAUGAACGAAACGACGCCGUCGUCGUCGGGCGGCAUCGUCAGCGAUAGCGAGAAGUCGAGGGGCACGGCGGCGGUGGAGCAUCCGCACCUCGAGAAUGAUCUGAGAGUUGAUGGCGACGAUGAGGACCAUAUCCAUGAGCCACCGAUGACGUUCCGCCGCUUCAUGUCAUUCGUGGCUAUGGCCUUUCUGUUUACCGGAUCACAGAUUCCUGUAUAUCUCUUCGGUGGAGUUCCGCCCUACAUCUACCGCGAUAUCGGCGGUGCGGAUAGAUGGAUCUGGUUUGUCCUCGCCAAUCUACUCGCCUUGGCAGCGGUCUGUCCAUUCGUCGGCAGUCUAUCGGACCUAGUCGGACGUCGCUACGUUAGCUUGCUGGGUGCCGGGUUCCUGAUUCUCGGCAUGGUGGUUGCGAGUACUGCCAAAACCAUGAAUAUUUUCAUCUGCGGGAUGACGCUUUCCGGUGUUGGCGCGGGUAUCAAUGAGCUCACGGCACUCGCCGCGACCUCCGAGCUCGCCCCUACGCGGAAACGCGGGACAUAUGUCGCCGUGUUGAUUUUCACCAUAGUCCCAUUCGCGCCUUCAGUGCUGUGGGCGCAAUUGAUUGCUAGCAGACAUGGAUGGCGCUACAUCGGCCUGCUGUGUGGUGUGUGGGCGGCGAUCGGCUUCUUCGCCACCCUGUUCUUCUACUUUCCGCCGCCGAGAGUCAAUUCCACCGGCUUGACGAGACGCCAGAUCCUCGCCCAGAUCGAUUGGGUCGGCGGUGUUCUGUCCAUCGGUGGCAUGGUGCUGUUUAUGGCUGGACUGCAGUGGGGCGGGUAUCAGUACUCCUGGACCUCCGAGCACGUCCUCGCCCCGCUGCUGCUCGGCGGGAUGAUGCUGAUCGCCUUCUGCAUCUGGGAGCUGUACGGGACGUCGCACCCGAUGUUCCCGUCACGGCUGAAGCAGGAGCCGCGCGUGCUCGUGCUGACACUGAUCAUCACGUUCAUCAGCGGCGCCAACUUCUUCUCCAUCCUGAUGUUCUGGCCCACGCAGGCGUUCAACGUCUACGGCCACGACCCCGUCCAGGUCGGCAUCCGCGGCAUCCCGGUGGGAUUUGGCAUCCUUGUCGGCGCGGUGCUCUGCCUCUGGCUGCUCAGCGUCUUCAGAGGGAGGAAUAGAGAGCUGAUGAUUGUCUCCUCCGUACUCAUGACCGCGGGCUGCGGCUCCCUCGCCGUCGCGCGCGUCGACAACCUGGGCACUCUGUGGGGGUUGCUGACGCUUGCGUCCCUCGGCAUCGGCGGGAUCGUCGUUCCCGCCUCAAUAAUGACUACCAUAAUCUGCCCGGACGACCUGAUCGCCACCGUCGCGGCCCUCACGCUCGCAAUCCGCGUGAUCGGCGGCUCGAUCGGGUACACGGUGUACUACAACGUGUUCAUCCACAAGUUCACGGCGGCGGCGAUCAAGUAUGUUGGCGGCUCGAUGUUUCAAAUGGGGAUCCGGAAUACGACCGUGAUAAGACACGCGAUCGAGCUUACCGGCGAGGCGCUGCUAGAGGAGAUUCUGCACCUGCCUGGCAUCGAUGGGAAUAAGACGAUACAUGCCAUUGUUGUUAGGGCGGGGCAAUUGGCGUUUGCAGAGAGUUAUAGGUAUGUCUACCUGGCGAGUAUUGCGUUUGGCGCGGUUAGUAUCAUAGCUGCCUGCUUUCUCGGAGAUAUUAGUAAGUAUAUGGAUGAUCAUGUGGCGGUUAUUAUGCAUUAG